AUGGAGUCUAUUCCUGCCAAUGAAAUUAGAUCCAAAUUCAUAAACUUCUUCAAAGAUAAAUACGAUCAUGAGUACGUUCACUCGUCCUGCGUAAUCCCCCAUGACGAUCCUACUCUUCUCUUCGCUAAUGCUGGAAUGAACCAGUUCAAACCAAUGUUCUUGGGAAUUGCUGACCCCAACAGUGAUUUGGCAAAGCUCAAGAGAGCCGUGAACACUCAAAAGUGCAUUCGCGCUGGAGGCAAGCAUAAUGAUCUCGAUGAUGUUGGAAAGGAUGUCUAUCAUCAUACAUUCUUCGAGAUGUUGGGUAAUUGGUCUUUCGGAGAUUACUUCAAGAAAGAGAUCAUUGCUUGGGCAUGGGAGCUUUUGACUGAAGUUUUCAAAAUCCCCAAGGAACGUUUGUACGUUUCAUACUUCGGAGGAGAUGAGAAGGCUGGAGUACCUGCUGAUGAUGAAGCUAAGACUUUCUGGUUGAGCUUGGGAGUUCCUGAUAAUCAUAUCUUACCAUUCGGUAUGAAAGACAAUUUCUGGGAAAUGGGUGAUGUCGGACCAUGUGGACCUUGCUCUGAGAUCCAUUAUGACCGUAUUGGAAACCGUGAUGCUAGUCAUCUUGUUAAUGCUGAUGACCCAAUGGUUGUCGAGAUUUGGAAUCUUGUAUUCAUUCAGUUCAACAGAGAGGAAGGUGGAAGUCUCCGUUCCCUUCCUUCCAAGCACAUCGAUUGUGGUCUUGGACUUGAGCGUCUUGUUGCUGUUUUGCAAAACAAAACUAGUAACUAUGAUACUGACCUCUUCCAACCAAUCUUCAAAGCUAUCAAAGAAGGAACUGGAAUCAGAGAAUACACCGGAUUAGUUGGUGACGAAGACCAGGAUGGUAUCGAUAUGGCUUACAGAGUUGUUGCUGAUCAUAUCAGAACUCUCGUGAUUGCUCUUUCUGAUGGUGGCCGUCCUGAUAACACAGGCCGUGGAUAUGUUUUACGCCGUGUUCUUCGUCGUGGAAUCCGUUACGCCACUGAGAAGCUUAAUGCCAAGCCAGGAUUUUUCGCUUCACUCGUUCCUGUCGUUGUAGACAUUUUGGAAAGCACAUUCCCUGAAAUCAAGAGAGAUCCUGAAAACGUUAAAGAUAUCAUCAAUGAUGAAGAAACUCAAUUCUUGAAAACUUUGAACAGAGGACGUAUAUUAUUCCAAAGAGCUGUUUCUCAACUCCCAGAGGGAGUGAAGACCUUCCCCGGCGACGUUGCCUGGAGAUUGUAUGACACUUACGGCUUCCCUGCUGAUUUGACUCAACUCAUGGCUGAAGAGAAAGGAUUGACUGUUGAUCAGGAGGAUUUCGAGAGAAAUCGCCAAAAAGCUAUUGAGUUAUCCGCUGCUGGUGCUGGCAAAACCCGUGAAAGUGUUGAUUUGGAUGUUCAUGCUAUCGCUGAUCUCCAAAAGAGAUCCGUCCCUACCACAGAUGAUUCUCCCAAAUACAAUUAUGUAUACGAGGGAGGACAAGACGAGAACGCUCAAUAUAAGUUCGCACCCUGUGAGGGAACCGUUCUUGAAAUCCGAAAGAACGGAGAAUUCGUUGACACCAUUUCCAAUGGAGAGGAAGGUGCAAUCCUCCUGGACAGAACUAACUUCUACGCCGAACAAGGAGGACAAAUUUAUGACGUUGGAGUUCUUGUUAAAGUCGAUGAUGAGUCUGUCGAGUUCAACGUUACUAACUGCCAGGUUCGUGGAGGAUAUAUUCUUCUCAUCGGAAGCCCAGAAGGAACUCUGAAGAAGGGAGACCGUGUAAACCAAAAGUUCGAUGAAGAAAGAAAGCAGUUGAUUAUGAAAAACCACACUGGAACUCAUAUUCUCAACUAUGCUCUCCGUGCCGUUCUCGCAGAUUCCGACCAAAAGGGAUCUUUGGUAGCACCAGAUCGUCUUAGAUUCGAUUUCACUAACAAGGCAGCUAUGACUCCUGCUCAGGUGAAAGAAGCUGAAAGCAUUGCACAAGCUCUUGUUGACACCAAGAAGAAUGUUUAUGCCAAAGAAGCAACUUUAGCCCAAGCUCGUGAAGUCAACGGUCUCCGUGCUAUGUUCGAUGAAACUUACCCAGACCCUGUUCGUGUUGUUGCCGUGGGUACAGCUAUUGAAGAACUGAUUGCUAAUCCUAAAGCUGAAGCUGGUUUACAGACAACUGUUGAGUUCUGUGGAGGAACUCAUCUCCAAAACGUUGGCCAUAUUGGAAAAUUGGUCAUUACAUCGGAAGAAGCUAUCGCUAAAGGUAUUCGUCGUAUAGUUGCCGUGACUGGGCCCGAGGCUCAAAGAGCUAUCGCAAGAGCUGAUCGUUUGGAAGCCAAGGCUCAGGAGCUUACUGGAAUUGUCGAUGCCGAGAAAUGCAUUGAUAAAGAAAAGAUUAAGACCUUAGGAAAACAAAUCCAAGAGCUUCUUGAUAUUGUCAACAGCGCCCAGCUGCCUUAUUGGCGCAAGGAUUCCAUCAGAACUGUGUGUAAGACAGUUCAAAAGAAGUUAGAUGCUCAUGUAAAAGCUGCUCAAGCUAAAGUCGCUGAAUUGGUCUUGGAAGAGGGUAAGAAGUUGGCUGAGAAGACUGCCGAGGAAGCUGUUGUUGUUCAUAUUUUCCCAGCAGGUGCCAACAGUAAGGCCUUAGACAAUGCAAUGAAAUUGCUGAAAACACAAAAAGCCGCCAUGGCUUUAUCCACAACAGAAGAUAACAAAGUUCUUGUCUUGGCCAAAGUAGAAAAGGACGCUAUUAAAGAAGGAUUAACAGCUAGUAAAUGGAUCAAUGAGGUGAUUGGAAUUCUAGGAGGACGUGGUGGAGGAAAAGAUGCAAAUGCUCAAGCUACUUGUGAUUCCGAUAAAAACCUUGGUGAAGCCGUCAAAGCCGCUGAGAACUAUGCUUUGAACGCCUUGAAAGCCUUGAAAAUCUGA